UAAUACCUUUUUUCCAGUCCCCACAAAAGGAAAUGGAUAAUGUAAAUAUUGAAUAAUUGAUUAUUGGAUGAAGUGAACAAAGCCCCAUCCAAGCUCCAACCCAUCGGAGAAAGGAUGUCACGCGCCGCUGCCGCUCUCUCUUCUCCGUUCUCUUCUUCACCGGCAUUUUCUAUUUCCUCUUCCAAUUUCAAAAAAAUCAACUCUUUCAAACCACCAAAUGCGACCUCACAGCAAAUCUCCCUGGACACGUCCACACCCAAUAAAACCCUCUCUAGUUCUCAGCCGCCCAACAAAACCGGCGUCAUCGUCGUCGGCGCCGGUCUAGCCGGCUUGGCCGCCGCGACUCGGCUCCAGGCCGAGAACAUCCCUUUCCUCCUCGUCGAAGCCUCCGACGCCGUCGGCGGCCGCGUCCGCACGGAUUUCGUCGACGGCUUCACCCUCGACCGCGGCUUCCAAAUCUUCAUCACCGCUUACCCCGAAGCUCGGGAGCUUCUCGACUACGACGCCCUCGAUCUCCAGAGGUUUUACUCCGGCGCGAAGGUCUUCUUCGGCGGCCGCUUCCACACCGUGGCGGAUCCCCUGCGCCACUUCUCCGAUGCUGUCCUGUCUCUGGCGAACCCAAUCGGCACCGUCGUUGACAAGCUGCUGAUAGGAUUGAGUAGAAUUAGGGUUUUGAGCCGGUCGGAUUACAAUCUAUUAACCGCCGAUGAGGUGAAGACGAUUGACUUGCUUAGGAAGACCGGAUUCUCCGAUUCAGUACUGGACCGAUUUUUUCGGCCAUUUUUCGGCGGCGUUUUCUUCGACCGAGAACUCGAAACAACCUCUCGUCUGUUCGAUUUCGUCUUCAAAUGUCUCGCACUAGGCGACAACACCCUCCCGAAGAAUGGCAUUUCCGCAAUUCCCGAACAAUUAGCGGGUAAAUUGAAUCCGAGUUCCAUCAUAUUAAAUUCCAGGGUAGCCUCAGUCGAUUGCGAUUCCGACGAGGGCAUUGUUGUAAACCUUUCGAGCGGAGAGCUGUUGAGGAGCGAUCUAGGAGUGAUUCUAGCAAUCGAAGAAUUCGAAGCCGCCAAUAUUUUGGCGGGAAAAAUCGACACGGGCCGGGUCAAAGAGCCGGUCCGGAGCACUGUUUGCUUGUAUUUCUCGGUGGACGCCGACAAGGUUCCGGUUAAAGAUCCGGCUCUGUUCCUAAACGGGUCGGGUCGGGGGAUUGUGAACAACAUGUUCUUCGCGACCAACGUUGCUCCUUCGUACGCCCCGCCCGGAAAGGGUCUGGUAUCCGUUUCGCUUAUCGGGUCGUACGAGGGUGUCCCCGAUGAGGAGCUGGUGAAACGAGUCGUGGAGGAGUUGUCGGGUUGGUUCGGGAGUGAGGCUGUCGGGUGGUGGAGGUACAUGAGGAUGUACCGGGUCGGGUUUGCACAACCGAAUCAAUGCCCGCCGACGAAUUUGAUGAAGGAUCCGAAGUUGAAGGAGGGGUUGUAUAUAUGUGGGGAUUAUGUGACUAGUGCAACUUUUGAUGGGGCUCUGGUUUCUGGGAAGAGGGCUGUUGAGGCUUUAUUGAAAGAUAGAACAAUAGUUAAAGUGUGAUCUUUAAUUUGGAUUUACCCCUUUUUUUUUUUUGAUUUUUUUUAUUUAAAUUGUAAAAUGUUUGCUGCAAGUAUAUGUGAUUAUUUCUGUAAUAAUGGUAUUUUUUUUUUGUAAUGAAUAUGUAACAUGAUUUACUUGUAUAGAUAGACUACUGUCUGAUGGUUUAGUUGUUCUUA